AUGGCACAGGUUCAAGUUCAACCUCAGGCACCGAAUGCUGCUGGAAACCAGUUCGUGACGACGUCGCUGUAUGUCGGUGACCUCGAGGUGAAUGUGACCGAUUCACAACUCUAUGACCUGUUUAACCAGCUGGGUCAGGUGGUCUCUGUUCGAGUAUGUAGGGACUUGACUACUCGGCGAUCACUGGGUUACGGCUAUGUUAAUUAUGCCAACCCACAAGAUGCUUUGAGGGCAAUGGAUACGCUGAACUUCACUCCUCUAAAUGGAAAGCCCAUUAGGAUAAUGUAUUCUCAUCGUGACCCUAGUACGCGUAAAAGUGGGGCUGGAAAUAUUUUUAUUAAGAAUUUGGACAAGGCAAUUGACCACAAAGGACUGCAUGAUACAUUUUCUUCAUUUGGGAAUAUUCUCUCUUGCAAGGUGGCUACUGACUCAUCUGGUCAGUCGAAAGGCUAUGGGUUUGUGCAAUAUGAUAGUGAGGAUGCUGCCCAAAAAGCAAUUGAGCAGCUUAAUGGUAUGCUGUUGAAUGAUAAGCAAGUAUACGUGGGACCCUUCCUACGGAAACAGGAAAGAGAUAUGGCUGCAGACAAGACAAAAUUCACAAACGUCUUUGUAAAGAAUCUGUCAGAGUCAACGACAGAAGAAGAUCUGAAGAAAAUAUUUGGUGAAUUUGGAACAAUCACCAGUGUUGUGGUGAUGAGGGAUGCUGAUGGAAACUCUAGGUGCUUUGGUUUCAUCAACUUUGAGAAUGCAGAUGAUGCUGCUCAAUCUGUUGAGUCUCUUAAUGGACACAAAUUUGAUAACAAGGACUGGUAUGUUGGGAAAGCCCAAAAAAAAUCUGAGAGGGAACUUGAAUUAAAACUUCAAUUUGAGCAGGCUGUUAAGGAGGCAGCGGACAAAUCUCAAGGGUUAAACCUGUACAUAAAAAAUUUAGAUGAUAGCAUUGGUGAUGAUAAACUUAAGGAAUUGUUCUCUCCAUUUGGUACCAUAAGUUCAUGCAAGGUUAUGCGAGACCCUAAUGGGAUGAGUAGGGGAUCGGGAUUUGUUGCAUUUUCUACUCCCGAAGAGGCAUCUAGAGCUCUCUUGGAGAUGAAUGGCAAAAUGGUUGUCAGUAAACCUCUUUAUGUUGCACAUGCACAGCGUAAAGAAGAUAGAAGAGCAAGGUUGCAGGCUCAAUUUUCUCAAAUGCGUCCAGUUGCAAUGGCACCUUCAGUUACUCCUCGUAUGCCAAUGUACCCACCUGGUGGUCCUGGUAUCGGACAACAAAUAUUCUAUGGACAGGCUCCUCCUGCUAUCAUGCCUCCCCAACCUGGUUUUGGGUAUCAGCAACAACUUGUUCCAGGCAUGAGGCCUGGUGGGGCUCCCAUGCCAAAUUUCUUCAUGCCUAUGGUUACCCAAAGGGGUCAGCGCCCGGGUGGCAGACGUGCAGGAGCUGUUCCAGUGCAGCAGAACCAACAGCCAGUUCCAUUUAUGCAGCAGCAGAUGCAUCCUAGGGGGAGGGUGUACCGUUAUCCCCCAGGGCGUGGCCUGCCUGAUGUUUCCAUGUCAGGUGUUGGUGGAGGCAUGUUUUCUGUGCCUUAUGAUAUGGGUGGUAUGUCUUUGCGUGAUGGUGGAAUGUCUCAACCAAUUCCAAUUGGGGCUUUGGCAUCUGCUCUUGCAAAUGCUUCUCCUGCAGACCAGAGGACGAUGUUGGGCGAAAAUCUGUAUCCGCUUGUGGAACAGCUGGAGCCUGAGAUGGCGGCUAAAGUAACUGGCAUGCUUCUGGAGAUGGAUCAGACUGAGGUUUUGCACUUACUGGAGUCGCCAGAAGCUCUGAAAGCCAAGGUAGCAGAGGCUAUGGAAGUCCUGAGGAACGUUCAGCAGCAGCAGCAGGCCGGCAACCCGGCUGAUCAACUGGCCGCAUUGUCGUUGAAUGAUGGCCUCGUUUCUUGAUUGUGUCGGAACCCAAAUUGUGAGUUUGGUUGACGAACUUGUUUCCUGAUUAUGCAGACAUCAUCAAAUUGGGAGUUUGGUUUGAUUUCAAAAACAGUUUUUUAGGCGUGGUUUUGUUAAUUGUUCUAAGGGAAGACUCAUAGUAGGGAAUGCACUUUGUUUUUGUACCAUUGGCAUUAUUCUUUUCGAGUGUUAUGAAUAUUGCGACAUUUCUGUUGUGUUUUGUUU